AUGAAUAAAAAGGAUGAAAAUGAAAAUAUAUUAAAUUGUAAAAAUUUUAAAAGAAGUUUUGAAAACUUCAAUAAUUUAGAUUCACAAAAUAGCAUGUAUAUGUUUGCUUUCCAUAAAAGAAGACAUAAUUUAGAUUUGAAAGAUGAAGUGAAAAAUAAUUAUGAAAAUAUUGAAAUUAUUUCUGGUUUAAAUCGUAAGAACAAAAGAAAAUUAGAAGCAAACUUUAUUGAUAAAAAUAAAAAAAGAAAUUUUACAGAAACUCAAAAAAAUUUUAAUUUUUCGAAUGAUGCUUUUUCAAAUAAUUCAUCAAGUGGGGUUAGUAAUAUAGUAAUAGAUGAAAUAAAUGAUAAAUGCAUUAAAAACUCUUCAAGGAAUAAUGAUAGAUUAUUAUCAGAAAGUAAGAUAGAUGAAAAUAAAAAGCAUUCAUUUGAGUUAGCAAUAAUACCAUUUGAAGGUAAUACUAGUGUUUCAGAUUAUAAAUAUGAAAAUAACAUAACACUAAAAAAUUCUAAUCUAAAGAAUAUUUUUAGUUUUUUAUCUAAAAAAGAUAUUUUUUAUAAAAAUUUAAAAAAUCAUAUAAAAAAAAAUAAACCAUUAAUGAUCAACUGCAAGGACUUUAAUAUAUUAUUAAAUAAAUAUAAGUAUGAAAACGAAAUUGGUAAAAAGAUUGAUGAAAACCAUAAUACCUUAGAUAAUAACGAUAAUUAUGAAAUAGAAAAUAAUUUAAUAAAUAAUUCACUUGUUAUGAAUAAUACUAUAAUAGAACCCACUGAUUUAAAUGAUUUAAGUAAAAAUGAAAAUAAUUUUUGUUUAAAAAAUAAUGAUCUACUAAAUACUAAAUUAAAUGAAAUGUAUCUAGAUUCACCAAUUAAUGAAUGUGAUAUUAAUUAUGCAUUAAAUAAUAAUAAUAUGAAUGAUAUUAAUAAUGUUAAAAAAGGAGAUAAGUUUGAUAAUUUAAGUAAAGCAUUUAAUACAAAUAAUAUUGAUUCUUCACAUAAUAAUUUUGGUGAAAUAAAAAAUCCUAAUGAAGUUAAUUAUAUGAAUAAUAAUUAUAAUUUUAGUAACAUAAACAUUAGUAAUAAUGAUAUUAAUGUUAAUAAUUAUAAUUUAAAUGAUAAUAAUAUUUUGAAUAAUUUAAAUAAUAUCAGUUUUAAUAAAAUAAAUGACAAUAGUUUGAGAUUUAAUAAUAAUGUUAAUUUUAAUGUUUUAAAUAAUCAGAAUAAUUUCAGUAAUUUGAAUAAUGAUAGCAAUUUAAGUAAUAAUAAUUUUAAUAAUUUAAAUGUAAUUGAUAAUUAUGAUAAUUUGAAUAAUAAUUAUAACAUGUUUAAUUUGAGUAAUUUUAAUUAUAAUGAUGAUUCAAAUAGUAAUGAGAAUAUAUACUAUUUAAAUAACAUUAAUAAUAUUAAUAAAUUACUUAAUUUAAACAACGCUUAUAUACAAAAUAAUAUAAAUAAUUUUAACAAUAUAAAUAAAUAA